CGGCGGGGCCGGGCCGGGCCGGGGCGGGAGCUGAGCGCGGCGCGGCUGCGGGCGGCGCCCCCUCCGGUGCAAUAUGUUCAAGAGAAUGGCUGAGUUCGGGCCUGACUCCGGGGGCAGGGUGAAGGGCGUCACCAUCGUGAAGCCGGUAGUGUACGGGAACGUGGCGCGGUACUUCGGGAAGAAGAGGGAGGAGGACGGGCACACGCAUCAGUGGACGGUUUACGUGAAGCCCUACAGGAACGAGGACAUGUCCGCCUACGUGAAAAAAAUCCAGUUCAAGCUGCACGAGAGCUACGGGAAUCCUCUCCGAGUCGUUACCAAACCGCCGUACGAGAUCACCGAAACGGGCUGGGGCGAAUUUGAAAUCAUCAUCAAGAUAUUUUUCAUUGACCCAAACGAGCGACCUGUAACCCUGUAUCACUUGCUGAAGCUUUUUCAGUCUGACACCAAUGCGAUCCUGGGAAAGAAAACUGUAGUUUCUGAAUUCUAUGAUGAAAUGAUAUUUCAAGAUCCUACUGCCAUGAUGCAGCAACUGUUAACAACGUCCCGUCAGCUGACACUUGGUGCUUACAAGCAUGAAACAGAGUUUGCAGAUCUUGAAGUAAAAACCAGGGAAAAGCUGGAAGCUGCCAAAAAGAAAACCAGUUUUGAAAUUGCUGAGCUUAAAGAAAGGUUAAAAGCAAGUCGUGAAACCAUCAACUGUUUAAAGAGUGAAAUCAGAAAACUUGAAGAGGAUGAUCAGUCUAAAGAUAUGUGAUGAGUGUUGGUAAGGAGCCUGUAAUGAGGAUGAAAGGACUUCAGUCGUGGAGUUGUAUGCGUUCUCUCCAAUUCUGUAAUGGAGACUGUAUGAAUUUCAUUUGCAAAUCACUGCAGUGUGUGGCAACUGACUGUUGAUAAAUGGGAGAAAACAAGAAUUAAUGUAUCCUCAUUUUAUAGUUAAAAUCUCUGGGUAUGUACUGGUUUAUUUCAAGGAGAAGGAAUCGAAGAGAGGGAGGCCAGAUUGCUGCUUGUACUGACUGCAUUUGAGUGGUGUAGGAACAUUCUGCACAUGGUCCUGUGUUAGUUUACAGAACACCACUGUUUACUGUUUUUGUUUUGUUUUUUACUUUUUCUACUGCAACGUUAAGGUUUUAGAAGUUGAAAAUAAAACACGCAGGUUUUUAAAUACUUUUUUGUCUCUAUCCAGUUCGGGCUUCAAGUAUCAUUGUUAAUAACAAGUCCUGAUUUAAGUCAGAGGUUGAAAUGUAAUGGUAUCCAAGAUGCUUAAGUUUGCUAUCAAAAAAAAAAAAACUUCAUAAAAUCAAAAAAUAGCAUUUUUAAUAACUUCUUUAUCAACAGAUAAGAGUUUCUAGCCCUGCAUCUGCUUUCACUUAUAUAGUUGAUGCCUUUAUAUUUUGUGUGUUUGGAUGCAGGAAUAGAUUCCUGCUCUGUUUUGUGGAUAUUCUAUUUAACACUCGUACUCUGCUGUGUUUAGCCUUUGAAAAAACCAUGAGUCCAAAAGCCAUGAAAAAAAUCAGUGCCUGAUCUUUGGCUUGUAAAUCUCCCUCUUCUUUUGUAGCCUGAUAGAGAUGGCAGACCCUCGGGUUUAUAAAGGCUUGGGCAUCUUUGCUGCUUUGAGAUUCUGUGUUGCAGUUACCUCUGGCAGAGAGGAGAAAAACCCCACAGACCUCAUCCCCUUCUUCUAUAGAAAGCAAUAUUGUUAAUGCUUUGAGAACAAAGCACUGGUUUGAAACAAUUGAUAAUUAGCAUUUAACAUGGCUUGGUAAAGAUUCAGAGCUGAAAUAGUUGUGACAGUGUGAACUCAGUAUGGAGACUUCAUUAAGAAAAACAGCUGUUAAAAUUGGGCACGUUUCAUCGAAGAGGAUGGGGCAGCUUGCACAAGUGCUGCCCACACAAAUCCCUCCUGGUGCUGCAGACCAAUUUUUCUGGCAUUCUGACUGCCAUUGCUGCUGAUCACAGAGAGCAAUUGUUUUUAUCAGCCACAAGCAAUUUGCUUAUAUUGUUUUCCAAGCAGUGUAGGUAAGUAUAAAUGCAUUGGCUCCGUAGCACUUUGAGUAUACUUAUUAAGAACAUAAAUGAAAGACAAAUUUGCUUUGCUUGGGUGCAUAGGACACUUCUAAUUGCAACCUGCUUUUUGUUAGAGGCUGUCUUCUGAGGCUAGAACUGACUUUGACAAGUUGAGAAACUGGCAACUGAGCUAUUGCUAUUGAAGGAUCCUUGUUAACAAAGUUAAUUGUCUUUCAAGGUUCGGUUUAUUCAUUAAAUU